AAGCCAAGGAUUGCUCUCUGGACAGUUACUGAGAAGCCAAGGAGCGCUCUCUGGACGCUAACUGAGAAGUCAAGGAACGCUCUCAGUGUUUCGCAGGCGGACGGUGACCGAGAAGUUAAGGAACGCUCUCUGGACGUUACUGAGAAGUCAAGGAACGCUCUCAGAACGGCAACUGAGAAGUCAAGGAACGCUCACAGCGUUUCGAACGCACUUAGCGUUUCGCAGGCGGACGGUGGUCGGAAGUUAAGGAACGCACUUAGCGUUUCGCAGGCGGACGGUCACGGGAAGUCAAGGAACACACUUAGCGUUUUGCAGGCGGACGGUCACGGGAAGUCAAGGAACGCACUUAGCGUUUCGCAGGCGGACGGUGGUCGGAAGUCAAGGAAUGCUCACAGCGUUUCGCAGGCGGACGGUCACGGGAAGUCAAGGAACGCACUUAGCGUUUCGCAGGCGGACGGUGGUCGAAAGUCAAGGAACGCUCACAGCGUUUCGCAGGCAGACGGUCACAGGAAGUCAAGGAACGCACUUAGCGCUUCGCAGGCGGACGGUGAUCGGAAGUCAAGGAACGCACUUAACAUUUCGCAGGCGGACGGUGAUCGGAAGUCAAGGAACGUACUUAGCGUUUCGCAGGCGGACGGUGAUCGGAAGUCAAGGAACGCACUUAGCGUUUCGCAGGUGGACGGUGAUCGGAAGUCAAGGAACGCACUUAGCGUUUCGCAGGCGGACG